AUGAAGAGAAAUAACAUGUAUAUGAAUGAAUAUGAACAUGGUCAGAAUAAAUUAAAUAGUGACUUUUUUUUCAACAACAAAUCGAUAGGAGAAAGAGGAGCUGUUCUGACAAAAUCCUUAAAUAAUUAUAGUACAGUCGAGUUAGGGUCUUUUAAACCGUAUAACAUAGAACAUAGGAAUAGUAGUAGUAUUAUCAACAAUAGCAAUAAAAAUAGUAACAGUAAUAGAAAAAACAAUAGUAAUAAUAAUAGUAAUAAUAAUAGUAAUACUAAUAGUAAUACUCAUAGUAAUACUAAUAGUAAUACUCAUAGUAAUACUAAUAGUAAUAAUAAUAGUAAUACUAAUAGUAAUAAUAAUAGUAAUACUAAUAGUAAUAAUAAUAGUAAUACUAAUAGUAAUAAUAAUAGCAAUAAUAAUAGUAAUACUAAUAGUAAUAAUAAUAGCAAUAAUAAUAGUAAUACUAAUAGUAAUAAUAAUAAUAAUAAUAACUAUAGCGAUUUUAUAUUAGAUCCGUCACCUGGUCUAUAUCACCAUGUGAAUAUGAAACAUCCACAUUACAAAAAUAGUGUAGAUAGUUUACAGACAUAUCAAUAUAACACCUUGAAUACAGGAGAUGGAACUGUUCCAUUGAUUUAUCAUUUAGAUAGUGCAUACAUAAAUAAAGAUGUGCAUAUGAACAUAGGGGCAAACAAUGUAAUAGGGAAUACUGGUAUGAAAGAUGAUAUUAGAAACAUAGGAGUACGAAAAUUUCGAGAGUGGCGUACUGCUUCUGCCAUGGGUACUUCCGCGAAUAGUCAUUAUAACAUAGGCUAUAACAAAAUCCAUAGUAGUAGUCACAUCAAUAAUCAUAGAAAUAGUCAGAGUAAUAGCUACGGAAAUAACUACAGUCAUACGUACAAUAAUAAAGAUGAUAGACGAAACGGUAAUAAUUGCGAAAUUUACUACAAUAGGCACUACAAUAGACUCUAUGAUAAUCACUACGAUAGAUGCAAUGAUAACGAAUGGAAUAAUAGCUUCAGAAGCACAAGCAGCAUUGUGUAUGGGGGAAACUGCGCUAGUUUGAAAGGAGGAACAAGGAAGUACUCUGUUCUUGCGUUCAAAAGAGCACCAUUGAAUAGUAGACAUAAUUCUCUUGAGCAUAUACCUCCUGACAACAAUUUUAACAUGAACAAAAAUUUGGUUGUUCAGAAAAAUAAUAAGCACAAUUGGUAUGACAACGUGAGUUAUGUUAGCGGUAUAUACAAGGAUUUAUAUGAAGGGAAUACACAUAAGGGUAUUAUACAUCCAUUUGUAGAAAGAAAGAAUGAUGAUAUUGUUAAGGAAGUAAAUUAUUCUGUCCCUACUACUAUGCAUUGUAAAAAUAAUAGUACUCCUUUUAGGGGAUACGAUGUUGUUAGAUUAAUGCAACCUGAUAAACAAGGAAAAUCAGUCAAAGAGUCUCAGCUAAAGUUAGAGAAAGUUACUUUGUUAAAUGGAAGCACUUGUCGAAAUGGUCGAUUUAACAAAACGUCUGAAUAUCAUUACAAGGUAGUAAAGGGUCCUAGUUGUAGUGCUAUCCCCAUUCCACCAAGUGCCUACCAUCGUAAUAGCAGCUGCGUGAUAAGUAAUAUGGAAAAUGAGAAAUUACUGAGGGGUGAUGACGUCCCUACUAAGAACAAUAGAAGUGGUAGUAAUGUUGGGAAAAGAUGUAAUAGUAAUGGGAAUAACGGCAAUAACAGCAGCAACAACUGGGAUCAUAAUAAUGAUUCGUUCAUUCCGGGUAUCAUUCCCUGGGAUGGAAGAAGGGGACUCUUUAAUGAGAGGGUUCAUAGUUGUUCAUAUCAGAUGAAAUGGAAAACGAGCAAAGCAUGUGGAAGAAGCAGUUGUACUAAGUGCACCAGUUGCACAAGCCGUACCAACUGCACUGCUCGUAACUCAGAUUGCGCAGGUUUCACAGGUUCGGGUAACACGGUUGGAUGUGGACAGAGUGAUGAAGUAGGGUCAGGCAGCACCUGGGGAAAAAGCACAGAUAAGGGAACUAGCAAGGAGAUAUUGGUAAAAAGUGAAGAAGAGGAGGUAUGGAAAAGCAGAAAUGCAGUAUUAUAUCCCGAACUUACAAGUAUUGAAGACAUGCAUAUCGUUCUGAGUGAGGAGGAUAAAGGAGUUGAAAAGGAGGAGGGCAUAAACGAAGGUAGAAGUGAAGGCAUAAACGAAGGUAGAAGUGAAGGCAUAAACGAAGGUAGAAGUGAAGGCAUAAACGAAGGUAGAUGUGAAGGCAUAAACGAAGGUAGAUGUGGAGGCAGAAGCGAGGGAAGAAGUGAAGGAAGAAGCGAGGGAAGAAGUGAAGGAAGAAGCGAGGGAAGAAGUGAAGGAAGAAGCGGGGCCAAAAGAGAGUUUACCGAAUGGAUGUCGCACAACAAAUUAAUGAAAAAUAUCAUUUCUUCGUAUAACGAAAAUGUAAAGAUGGAAACACACGGACUAUUUAACCUCCUUUUUGACGUUUAUGGUAGUAAUAGGAGCAUAUUUGAAAAUUUCUUACUCGAGAAUAACGACAGUGACAUAACUGAAGUUAUGAAAAACAUUAUUGAUGAAUUAUCUGAAGAAAGAAAUAACAAAAUAAUAGAGAAGCUUAUAUUUUUAAAAUAUUUAUUUAAUGAGUAUGGUCAUACCGAGUAUCCUAAUCUUAUAUCAUUGAAAAAUUUUAAAUUAAUUUUUAAAAAAUAUAAAAACAUUUUCUCUUCAGAAAAAAUAGUUUUGUUCAUGUUUAAUUGUUUAGAUAGAGGGAAACGUUAUCAAAUUACUCAGACAGAUUUUCUUAUUGGCAUGUUAGCAUGUAGUCCUCAAAUGGCAAACGACAUAGAGGAUGAUACUGGGAAAUUACGUCAUCAGUUAAUAUUUCGUGCAUAUGAUAUUGACAGAGAUGGGUACUUAAGUGAUAAAGAAAUGCUUGUAUUUCUAUAUCAUAUAUAUGAAUUAUCAAAAAAUUUUCAAUAUAUAAAAUUAAGGAAUGAUAAAAGAAAACUAAAAAAUUUUGUCAUUGCUGAAAGGGAUAAGAUAAUGAAAGAUUGCAAAAAGAUUAGUUAUGACUACUUCUAUAGUUUAGUUUUAACGAGAACAAUUGAGGGAACUACUAAUCUACUUAGAUCUAACUAUGAUAUGGCUAAUAUUGUUAAGAAAUAUUUUCUGCACACUUAUGCAGCUAAUAUAGUGUCGGAAGAGUACAUAAACAAUAAUGAAAGUUUUUUUAUUAUAACUGCAGGGAGGAACAAGGAACUGCAUCAGCACCAUAGUUCUUAUGUCAAUAAGGGGGAAACACUCACCACAGCGGAUAGGGUAAAGAGUAUUCCCGAUAUAGGGGUUUCUGCAGCUAUUGCGUCUAUUCCGGAUAUGCCCCAUAUGUCCCAUAUUCAGGAAGAUGUGUUUCAUGACAAUGUUUUGCAAAGUGGUAAUGGUCCAUCAAGCAAUGAGCAUAUAUUGUUGAACCAUAAGAUAGAAGAAGCGAAUGAUAUACCUACGGAAAAUCAAAAAGGGGGCAUAAUUCAUUUUGAUGAACAGAAUUCUAACCAGUAUGAAGAAAAAUAUAUCACACAGGGGGAUGGUAACUACCACAUGGCACUGUUUGAAGACUUGUGCACCGUAAAGAAAGAGGAAUACAACUGCAGUUUGGAAGUAGGACAUAUUGGGGAUACGGAGGGGGAGAAGGAAGCAAAUUAUUCGAAUGGUAAAAGUGUAAGACACACCGAUCCAGGAGGUAACGCUUACAGUUUCGGUAGCUGCGAGGAUGACAAAAAUACGAGUAUGAAUAAUAUGAAUGAAUGUAUUAACGAUAUAUGUAACAAUGGAGUAGAGAAGAAGGGUACAUCCCUUCUUAACGGGCAUGAAUCGUGUGUACAAAAGGAAGCAUAUUUACAGGAUGAAGGAACUAUGGAUGUAACAUGUACCCAUGGAGGGGAUGACAAGGUGGAAAGGGAUUUACUGAAAGAGAAGAGCAUAAAUGAUAACAAUAACACGAAUAGUGUUACUACAAAUGUUGACAUGUUUGGUAAAAAUGAAGCAACACCAUUGGAAGUGAAUCAAACUGAUGCAGUUGUAUUUUCCAUUGAUCAUAAGGAUAGCAAUUGGAAUGAAAAGGAUAUGAUAGAUUCAUUUAAUGAGAAUGAAGUGGACAAUAACAAUGCGAUGGAGAAUAUUGUACAUUUAGUUGAUUAUACGGAAAAGGCGAAUAACAAUAGGGAUUUGAAUGAUGAGUCUAGCAAGGAAAGUGGAGCAUAUUACAUUUCUAGUUCAUCGCACGAGGGGGAUAGAAGCGGCACUAGGGGCACUGGAAGUACUAGGGAUAUUGGCUGUAUUAGCGGCAUUAGCUUAAAUGAACGCUCAAAUCAGAUGAAUAGUGUGGAUAACGGAAGCGAUCUGAACAGCACGAUAAACAUAAAGUCUAACUGUGAUAUGAAACUUUGCAACGAGUUAAAAGAUAAUCGUUAUAAAUUUAGCAUAGGUCAACAGUGUAAUGCAAACAGUGUAAAUGGAUUUAUUUUUAAAAGGAAGGAUAGCGGUAUUUACGAAAAUUAUGGACAUAAUGCUUACAUAUCAAAUGAAAGUAAAGCUUCAUUGAGUACAGAAGAGCAAAAUGCAGGGAAGUACAUAGACGGACAUAAUUCAGGUGCAGUUGUGUCAGCAUAUGAAGCAGAUUGCAUAUAUAUGAACUUGAAUAAGAAUGGAGGCCUCAAAGGAGCUAAUCAUUAUGACAGCACAAAGAAGAGUGAUAUGGUUUGGGAUGGAAACAAUGGGCAGAAGAGUAACUACGAAAGGUGCAUUAUGAAUGGGGGUCGCAGUAACAUGAAUAAAACGAGGUAUGAUGAGCGACUUGAUGGGGGUGGGUACCACAUGGGUAAAGUAAGCACAACAAAUGGGAAUAAUGUUUUUGAUGCAUAUAUUCCAAGUCCUGGUAUGUAUAAUGAACCACCUCCUCAUUUUGGAAAUAAGGAUAAUGUUGACCGGGUGUGGAAUAAGAAUAGGAAUGAGAAUGAAAGUAAGGAUGGUAAUAAGAAUGAAAGUAAGGAUCGUAAUAAGAAUGAAAGUAAGGAUGAAAGUAUGGAUGGUAAUAAGAAUGAAAGUAAGGAUGAAAGUAUGGAUGGUAAUAAGAAUGAAAGUAAGGAUGAAAGUAUGGAUGGUAAUAAGAAUGAAAGUAAGAGUGAACGUAAUAAUAAGAAUAAGCGUACAAUAUAUGCGGAAACAAAUACUAUGAGUGCAAAGUAUGACCGUCUACGAGAUAUAGUAAAAACGUAUCGAGAAAAAUAUAUACAAGAUGAGAGAUUAUUUACACUAAAUCAAGAUGUCGCAUUUAAAGUAUUUACAACGUUUUAUAAUAUUUGUUAUGGGAAGAAUAAAGAAAAAUAUAGCUACUACUUCGAAAUAUUUCAAAUAUGCUCUUAUAAUGAUAUUCUUUUACUGUGUGAUGAAGUAGCUAAGUUGUUUAAAUUAGAAAAUACAUUAGAGCAUGUAAAUUUACCAUGUAAGAUUUUUGGAGAUAUACAUGGAAAUUUAUUUGAUGUUAUAGACUUCUUCAAUAAGUAUAAUUGGCCGCUUCACGACAAGUCGAAUGAGAUGAUUAGCUCUUUUGAUUUGACUAACUUUGAAAGUGGUGUACCUGGUUGGAAGUCUGAUCAGUGGGAUGUGAAUGAGAGAAGUGAUGUUGGCUGUGUAAGGGGUGGUGCUACAAAUAGGAGUGAAAAGAACAGUAAAACUAACGGCAGUAGUUGCAAUAACGGCAGGUACAAUGAUGACGAUGUGAAGUAUAUAUUUUUGGGUAAUUAUAUAAACAGAGGCGAUCACUCGCUGGAGGUGAUAUGUCUAUUGUUCAGUCUUAAAAUUCUUUUUCCAAAUCAUAUAUAUUUAUUGAGGGGGAAUCACGAAGAUAGGUUAUUCAACUAUAUAUAUGGCUUUUACAAAGAUAUAGAAGAGAAAAUGAGGAAAAAUUUUAAAUUUCUAGGGUUAAUUAAUUAUCAAGAUAAGGUAAUAAAUGCUCAUUCGUAUGAAUUGUUUAAUCGAAUUAAUGACGCUAUUGAGUUUUUACCUCUCUCCAUUUUAGUUGACAAUCAUAUUUUAUGUAUUCAUGGAGGUAUAGGAAACAGUGUGCAGAGUAUAAGUGAUUACUCUAAUAUUAAAAAACCAAUUGUCGUAUCCCAGGAGAUUGAUUCGAAUGGACGUAAUGAUGGAAGGAAUGGGAAUGGAAGCAGCAGUAUUAGUAGUGAAGGGGAGAAGAAAAUCAUAAUCGACACGCUGUGGUCGGACCCAAUAAAUUAUGAGGAUGAUCAUGAUAUAUUUUUUUUAAAAAAGCAAUGUCCCAAGGAUGAUAUAAUUCCAUCUAGUAGAGGCAAAAUUACUUUCAAGUUUGGUAAACAUAGAUUAGCAGAAUUUUUGAAAAAUAAUAAACUAAAGAUGAUUAUAAGAGGACAUGAAUGUGUUCAUGAAGGAUAUAAAUAUUCAUUCAACAGGAAAAUUUUAACAUUGUUUUCAUCAAGAAACUAUUGCAAUAAAUAUAUGAACAACGCUUCCAAUGCAUUCAUUGUGAAGAAGAACAAAAAUAUAAUCAUCUUUAAUCAAAUAUUGAAGUGCGAGGAGGUAGGUGUAAAACAAAGGAGGUUUUUGGAUAGUUCACUUCGCACCGAAUCGAGAAGGAACUCUCUUCGGAGCGAUCAGCUUGGUGGCAUGGUACGUGAAGAGGGAAGUAGCAAAAGGGAAAUUGGUCGAUCGAAAAUUGAUGAGUCGCAAAUUUGUCCAGAUAAAAUUGGUCAUUUGCAUAUUAGCCGAGAGAAAAAUACAGACACUGUCAGUAGUGGUCAUAAGCCCAUUAACGAGGUCCAGUCAGAUGGACGGCAUUGUUUGGAAAACCCUAUGACACAACUUUUAAAAUUUAGAGGCGAUUAUGUUAAAUGCGAUUUUUAUAGUGAUGAUAAGAAGACAACGUGUGUUAGAGAGGACUGUAGAGAAACAGAAAAACAUGAACACGUGCAUAAUGCAAAUAAGAAGUAUACCUUUAAAGAAGGUGUGGAUAAGUUAAUAGGCAGAGGAAGGAGUGCCGUGCAUAUGGUUGAUAUGGCUAAUAUGGUUGACCUUGCUGACGUGGUUGGUCCAUUUGAUGAUUCAGAGAAUAUAGGAGGUCACAUAGACGGCAAAGAAUUAUAUUUUACGCAUAAGAACUAUUUGCAAAAUUAUAAAUUUGGAGAAGGUAAAAUGUUUAGUUAUGAUACGAGUGGACAAGGUGCGAAGGUGCAGAAUGAUGAUGAUGAUAAUAGCAAUAAUAAUAGUAAUAAUAAUAGCAAUAAUAAUAGUAAUAAUAAUAGCAAUAAUAAUAGUAAUAAUAAUAGCAAUAAUAAUAGUAAUAAUAAUAGUAAUAAUAAUAGCAAUAAUAAUAGCCAUAAUAUUAGUAACCAGUGCGAUAAUAUCCUGAGUGAGAUAAAUAGUAGGAGACUUACAAAAAGGUUCAGAGAGACAAAAAGCAACGAAGAUAUGAAUUUAACUGAUAUAAAAAAAGGAAUUAGUGAAAAAGAAAAUAUUACCUUCAUUCAUGACACAAGUCUGAAUAGUAAACAUGAACAAGAGAAAAGUAAAGAUGAGUUAUAUCAGUUUAUGGAAAGUGGAAAUUAUGGUUAUAGAGUAGUAGAGGGGAAAAAAGAGGCUGACGUGAGGGACCAUUGUAAAAAUGACUGUCUGAAAGACGUUAAAAAGGAUAGUAACAUUAUGGUUAAAAUGGAUAGUAACAUUAUGGUUAAAAAGGAUAGUAAUGAUGAAUUAAAAAUGGAUGAUAAUGAUGAAGCGAAAAAUGAUAGCAACGACGAAAAGGAUGUCAACAGUGUUGAAACACGUCAUAUGAACAGCAGCGUACAUCAUGACUAUGAGAACAUUAAUAGGAGCUUUACAAACAUAUUUGAUAUAGAAGAUGAAAGAUAUGAAGACGAUUAUGAUGACUAUGAAAUUUGUAUAAACAAUUUAAUAAAUGACCAUGGUAGUAAGAAGCAAGAUAAUUAUGAUGAAAUAGAAGGGCGAAUGACACAUGCAAAUGCGAAUAACUCAAACAGUAGAGUUAAUACAAAUGCUAUUAUUAAUGAAUUUUUUAAGAAUGAUAAAAAUUAUGAAGAAAAUAGUGAUAAUAUAUUUUAUGAAAAAAAGGAUGAUAAUGAAAUUAAAAGAAGUCAGGACAAUUUAAAAAACAUGUACUAUUCAAAAUUAAUUUCUUCAUUAAAUGAACAAAGUUUGAGUUUCAUGAAUGAUAAUAAGGAUAUUGAAAAUAUGAACAAUAUAAAUUGCAUGAGUGCAAUUAACGAAUUUAUGGGAAAAUCUCUAGAUUACAUGAUGCCUCCAGACUUGGGCUUAACAAACAGAGCCAAAUUAAAAAAAGAAACGUAUUCGAAAGAAGUUAAGAGAGAGAGUAACUCGGCCAUGUUACGCAGUUUAAGAAGAGACAACAACACAAAAGAGCCCUUAAAUAAGUUGCAGAUGCAGUGUUUGCCCCCUGACCCAAAACCACAGACAAAAAUUUCCUCCCAAAAAAGCCUGGAAAUAAUGGACAGUUCAUAA